UUCUGAUCAGCUUUCUUGAGUGAGCUGUGCUGUGCGGCUAGAGUGGACAUUCAAUAAUGAGUGGUGCAGCGCUGGGCCUUGAGAUAGUGUUUGUCUUUUUUCUGGCCUUAUUCCUACUACAUCGAUAUGGAGACUUCAAGAAACAACAUAGGCUGGUGAUCAUAGCAACACUAUUGGCUUGGUAUCUUUGCUUUCUUAUUGUAUUUAUACUGCCUCUGGAUGUCAGUACGACUAUUUAUAAUCGGUGCAAACUUGCUGUUAACUCCAGCCCUGUUGAAAGCAAUGGAUCCUACGUUACUCUUGCUCCAAGCAAGCAAAAAUGCUUCAAACCAUGGAGUUAUAUUCCUGAUGGAAUUAUGCCCAUUUUCUGGCGUGUUGUGUAUUGGACAUCACAGUUUUUAACAUGGAUUCUGCUACCUUUCAUGCAGUCCUAUGCUAGAUCUGGAGGGUUCUCCAUUACUGGAAAGAUUAAAACGGCACUGAUUGAGAAUGCAAUCUAUUAUGGCACUUACUUGCUGAUUUUUGGAGCAUUUUUAAUAUAUGUGGCUGUAAACCCAAACUUCAAUUUACAAUGGAACCAACUUCAGACUAUUGGGAUAGCUGCUGCAAAUACAUGGGGUCUCUUUCUUCUGGUGUUGCUUUUGGGUUAUGGUUUGGUUGAAAUUCCCCGUUCUCACUGGAAUGGGGCCAAGAGGGGUUAUCUACUCAUGAAGACCUAUUUCAAAGCUGCCAAGCUGAUGACUGAAAAAGCAGAUGCAGAGGAGAAUUUAGAGGAUAUUAUGGAGGAAGUCCGUAAAGUAAGUGAGAGUAUCAAGUAUAACCACCCUUUGAGAAAGUGCGUUGAUACAAUACUAAAGAAGUGCCCUACUGAGUACCAGGAAAGAAUGGGUAGGAACAUGGACGAUUAUGAAGAUUUUGAUGAAAGACAGAACAGUUAUCCAAGUGAAAAAAGUUUGGUUAAACUUCACAAGCAGGUAAUCUAUUCAGUACAGAGACAUUGUCGUGCACAGGUCCAGUGGCAAAUUCUUUUAGAACAAGCAUUUUACCUAGAAGAUGUUGCAAAAAAUGAAACAAGUGCAACUCGACAGUUUGUUCAUACAUUUCAUUCCCAGGAACCAGAAAAUAAAAUUAUUCAGUAUUUCUACACACCAACUGUUGAGUGGUACUGGGAAUGUCUUCUACGACCGUGGUUUUACAGGGUGCUUGCAGUUAUGUUGGCCACAUUCUCUGUAGUUGUUGUGUGGUCAGAGUGCACAUUUUUCAGCACAAAACCAGUUCUGUCGCUAUUUGCAGUUUUCAUACAGCUGGCAGAAAAGACAUAUAAUUAUAUAUACAUAGAGAUGGCCUGUUUUCUUACCAUCUUUUUCCUAAGUAUCUGUGUUUACUCUACUGUCUUCAGGAUACGUGUAUUUAACUACUAUUACUUAGCUUCACAUCAUCAGACAGAUGCAUACAGUCUGCUUUUCAGCGGCAUGUUGUUUUGCCGCCUUACUCCACCAUUAUGCUUGAACUUCUUGGGACUGACCCAUAUGGAUGCAACGAUCUCUCACAGAAACACUCAGCCAACCGCUUAUACAUCUAUAAUGGGAUCCAUGAAAGUGCUAUCCUUCAUUGCAGAUGGGUUCUAUAUAUAUUACCCAAUGCUUGUUGUCAUUCUUUGUAUUGCCACAUACUUUAGUUUAGGAACUCGUUGUUUGAAUCUUUUGGGAUUCCAGCAGUUCAUGGGGGAUAGCGAAAUGACCUCUGAUUUGAUUGAUGAAGGAAAAGAGCUAAUCAGAAUAGAGAAAAGAAAACGACAAAGACAGGAAGAAGGGGAAAACAGAAGAAGGGAAUGGAAGGAGCGAUAUGGAAAUAGAGAAAGUUCCACUAGAAACAGGGUUGUCCACACAGACCAAAAAGAAUCCAGCUUCUCAGAGACCAGUACCAACAGACCGCUGUCGAAGUAUACCCGAUCAAAUGGUAGGACUGAAAGAGAUAGAAUAGAACUCCUCCAGGAUGCAGAACCUUUGGAUUUUAAUGCAGACUCGAUUAGCGAUGACCCUCUUGAAUCGGACUCAGGAAGGUGA